ACUCUCCCCCAGCCACUUGCUGAGGAGCUCGGGUCCCUUGACGGCCAGAAAGUUCAUGCCAGACUCGGUGGCCAAGGCUCUCGCCAUGAGCGUCUUGCUGCAGCCCGGGGGGCCGUACAGAAGGACACCUUUGGGCG